CUCUUCUUCACUUUUACCCUUUGGCUUUUACCCACGUUUCUGAGUGCUUAGCUCUGCAUCAGUUUUUGUGUCUGCAACUUAGCACAAGACAAAAAACAUGGACAAGCCCGUAGUGUUAUCUCGCGUGUUGAAGGUUUUGGGCCGUACUGGUUCCCAGGGCCAAUGUACUCAAGUUAAAGUAGAAUUCAUCGGCGAACAAAAUCGUCAGAUCAUCAGGAACGUCAAAGGACCCGUGCGCGAGGGUGACAUUCUCACACUGCUCGAGUCCGAGAGAGAAGCCAGAAGGCUUCGGUAGGAUUAUCAUAUGUAUUCAAUUCUAUCGAAUUGCUCUUGCUGGUGAAUGCUGUUGCUGUUGUUGCUGCUGCUGCUGCUGUGAGUGUACGUCUACAUGAAUUGUUCACCAUUCUUAAAAUGUAAACUGCAUUAUUAAUAAAGCGUAUACUACAAAGAAUA